CCGAGGGGACUUCGCGCCCGCGGGCUCGGCUGGGCUCCGGCCGCAAGCCCCGCGCCCCCCCGCCCCCGCGUCCCCUCGGCGCCUCCUCCACCCCCGCACCGCCCCCGCCCCACGCGCACUCCCAGGCUCGGCCACAGCCUCGCUGCGCACCGAGGAGCCCGGCUGGGGCGGCGGGGCUGGGGCUGCGGGCUCGUGGGCGCCGCAAACAUGAGGGGGGCCCCGGAGGCCGGGAGCCCGAGAGCCCCGGGGGAGGCAGGGGUGCGUGGCCCGGGGCAGCAGCCGGAGCGCGCCGGGGCGUAGGGGUCGCGGCCCGCGAUGGACCACGCUGGGGACGAUCCGGACUAGCCGCCUCAGGUGUCUGCUUCGCAGGGAUCCUGACCACACACACCCCAGACAGCCUCCCCUCUUCUGGCCAGUGGACUCUGCAAACCUGCUUCCGCAAUGGGUGGGUUGUGAGUGCUGGUAACGAGGAGCUGUGGGCUCAGCCAGCUUUGGAGAUGCCGAAAAGACGGGACAUCCUGGCGAUCAUCCUCAUAGUGCUGCCCUGGACACUGCUUGUCACGGUCUGGCACCAGAGCACCAUCGCUCCCCUGCUGGCUGCACACAAGGAUGAUGGCAGUGACCCCCGGCGUGAUGUGCCACAGGGCACAGACCCCAGGGAGUACUGUAUGUCAGAUCGGGACAUCGUGGAGGUGGUGCGCACCGAGUAUGUGUACACGCGGCCGCCGCCGUGGUCGGACACGCUGCCGACCAUCCACGUGGUGACACCCACCUACAGCCGUCCUGUGCAGAAGGCCGAGCUGACGCGCAUGGCCAACACGCUGCUACAUGUGCCGAACUUGCACUGGCUGGUGGUGGAGGACGCGCCGCGCCGCACACCGCUGACCACCCGCCUGCUGCGUGACACUGGCCUCAACUACACGCACCUGCACGUGGAGACACCUCGCAACUAUAAGCUGCGUGGCGACGCCCGCGACCCGCGCAUCCCACGAGGCACCAUGCAGCGCAAUCUGGCCCUGCGCUGGCUGCGGGAGACCUUCCCGCGCAACUCCAGCCAGCCGGGUGUGGUGUACUUCGCGGAUGACGAUAACACCUACAGCCUGGAGCUCUUUGAAGAGAUGCGCAGCACCAGGAGGGUAUCCGUGUGGCCUGUGGCCUUUGUGGGUGGCCUCCGGUACGAGGCCCCUCGGGUCAACGGGGCAGGCAAGGUGGUUGGCUGGAAGACAGUGUUCGACCCCCACCGACCGUUUGCAAUAGACAUGGCUGGGUUUGCCGUCAACUUGAAGCUCAUCCUCCAGCGGAGUCAGGCCUACUUCAAGCUGCGUGGCGUGAAAGGAGGCUACCAGGAGAGCAGCCUCCUUCGAGAACUUGUCACCCUCAAUGAUCUAGAGCCCAAGGCAGCCAACUGCACCAAGAUACUGGUAUGGCACACACGGACUGAGAAGCCGGUGCUGGUGAACGAGGGAAAAAAAGGCUUCACUGACCCUACUGUGGAGAUCUGAGUCCUGAACACAGGAAACUCCUCCUCAGACCCUAUUCCUGGCCUUCUGUCCUCUCCUACAGUUGGCAGUCCCUCUAAGGCAGACUCCUCGGGAAUCGCCAGUACCCUCGUUUCUAUUCUGAGGGCUUCAGAGAGAGCCCAGCCUCAUGCCAAGACAAAGGACUGAGACCCUAAAGCACAGAAACUCCAGACCUGCUGUUCUUCCAUGCAGCAUGACCAGGGCCAGCGGCUGGCCUGUGGGCAACAGCCCUGAGUGAAAACAGGCCUGAAGAGAAGUGAAAGACCCCAACAGUCGAGUAGAGUAUAACCUUCCCAACCACUACUGCUACUGAGCCCAGAACCCCCACACAGCACCCCCAUAUAGGACACUGGGCCGGAGUAUUCUGAAGACCAGAGGACAGCCUGCCCUGACGACGUGGGCAUCAGAAGCACCCCAGUCCCAUCUUGGAGAGCUGCUCCCGAGUAGAUUUACCUCGCUGGCUUUCCAGAGCAGAAGACUGGCUUGGAUACCAACAGGAACCAAUCUGCAUAAGCCCCCAACACUCCUGUACCUCAUGCUCUGUGGGAAUAAGCCCCUUCAUCCAGUCCCACAUCCCAAAAUCCUGCUCUUUCCACCACAGGGAAAGAGGAGGGUCCUCAAAUUAACAGUGGCCCUAGACUGAGACCCUGUGGUCACAUCGACAUAUCACCAAGUUCCAGGGCUGGAAUGGCCAGAACCCCUUUCCUUGGAGCUCCUGGAAAUCACAAACCUCACAGAAGGGUGAGACAGAAAGAGGAGGGGUCCAGAAUUCCCCCCUGCCCUGGUUGGGGGCACAGGGGAGGGCUGCUUUGUUUUAGCUGAGGGUAUUAUGGAGAAGGGACAGGGAUCAACUGGACACUAUUGGGUGGGGAGGAGAAGCACUGAGCACACACCUAUUUUGGAAAGGAAUCUGUUUUAAAUGCAAAAUGAGAAUGCCUCACUUGUCCCUAAACUGAGGAAAGCUGCCCACCCCACACCCCAGCAGCUUUACUCCACCAGGAAGGCCCUUCCCUGGCUGCCCCUACCUGAGGUCAGCUUUGACCAGCACGCCCUCUGGUGGCUGGCAUGCUCUGCUGCAGAAAGUUGGAAGCACAAUUUCCUUCCAAAUGGCAGGAACAGCAUGGCCUGAGUCCACUGCAGAGGUGUUUUGGAGUUUUGUUUGUCUUUGUUUUAACUGCUAACAGUCCCCACUCCAUCAUCACUCACUCUGGGAUGAUGGGACUCAGCCCAACGAAUGACAUAACAUUGAAAAAAAAUAGCACUGGCCACCUUGAGUUUUUUGAAGUGGGUUUAACUCCCCCCAGUUCUCAUGAAACCAUGCUGAUGCUCACAUCCCUGAGAAAGGAGCUCCCCACCCCUCCCCCAAGAGUACUCCAGACUCACACUUUCUGUGGUGACUUUGAGAGCAGGGGUUGUGUGGGAUGGAGUGGCUGGAGAGAGCAGAGCCACCAUCACAUGCGGGCCUGGCUGCCCACCCCAGCCUGGAUGAUCUCAGGUCAGUGCAGCUAGGCUCAGGCCACUUUAGCCAAAAACCUAUGGCUCAUAUUCAGGAAACUGGUACUGAACUACAAAGUGAAAUACCUGUACCACUCCCCUACUUUUUUUGGCAGAUGCUAGACCUGUUGUUUUUCCUAAUAUCCUCUCUUAGCUGCAUGUUUAUUUAUUUAUAAUUACAACCCUGGUGGAUUGCAGCUUUCACCUUUGUUGGAAUAUGUUUGUUCUGAGUCAGAACAGGGUCCAUGACUGCUAUUUGAUUACCAAACCUGCUCCCUGCUGCCACCAUAAAGGAUGAGGCCUGGGACUUGGGUUCUGAGAACAGAGAAGGGAGAAGGUGAAGCCUGUGUAGCUGCACCUUCUGGUCUGUUUUAAUUUAACUGUAUUUAAUUUGUUUUCAAAAUUAAAAGUCAAAUAUGGUUUUUAACAGUCUUAA